GAAGGCCUAGGCGCUAGGCGUAGGGGCAUCGUUGUGUGCGUGGUGUUGCCUGCGUCUCUCCUGUGAUUUCGUGCUGCGGAGUUGACGAGCGUCACAAUGAUCAAGCUCUUCUCCCUCAAGCAGCAACAGAAGGAUGGUGAGGCGACGGGCAACAAGCCGGCGAGCCAGAAGCGUGCCUCGGCGGCCCAGCUACGCAUUACGAAGGACAUCAACGAGUUGAACUUGCCGAAGACCUGUCAGAUGGAGUUCCCCGAUCCGGACGAUCUGCUGAACUUCAAGCUGGUUAUCUGCCCAGACGAGGGCUUCUACCGGAACGGCCGCUUCGUGUUCAGCUUCCGUGUAAGCCCAAACUACCCGCACGAACCUCCCAAGGUCAAGUGCGACACAAUGGUCUACCACCCGAACAUAGACCUGGACGGCAACGUCUGCCUCAACAUCCUGCGCGAAGAUUGGAAGCCUGUGCUGACGGUCAAUUCGAUUGUCUACGGCCUGCAGUACCUCUUCCUCGAGCCCAACCCCGAGGACCCACUCAACAAGGACGCCGCCGAAGUUCUGCAGAGCAACCGGAGACUGUUCGAACAAAACGUCAAGAAGGCCAUGCUUGGAGGCUACAUCGGCGCGACGUACUUUGAACGGUGCCUGAAGUAGCCCUACCCGCUAUGCUGUCUUCUCUUAUCCUUUGGGGGUUUGCAGGAAAGAAAAAAAAAUAAUAAAGUGUGAUGAUGCUGCCGCUGCUACUGGUGCUGACGUCCCCGCCGUCGCCGCAACAACAGUUGUGCUGCUUUAGGUGCUUUGCAGUGCUCGACUUGUGCCAGGCAUCAGAUGUAUGUAUUGAUAUGUGUCACUGGGCCGUUACAAACCUCUUAGUAGGCUUUUAACGGGCCGUGUUUAUUCUGCUUAUUAGAAAAUCUCCUUAUCGCUAGUUUGCGGCUCAGCUUUACGUUGAGGGAAAAACUGUAGGCCCUUGUUUUGUAAUGUUUUGUGUAACAUGAUUGUUGCGGUCGCCACGAAGCUCUUUGGUGUUUUACUGCUCGUUUCUGAUGCUCACGAGUUUCAGCGAAGCGCCUCUACGUAUUGUACGCACAGUGAAGCUCACAGUUCUGCCCUCUUUUAACUUCGGCCUUUUUUUUGUUAGACGUAGCAAUGGUCUUAUGCAACAGGCACGCGCUUCUGAGACACCUCCAUUAAGAAGGUAGUUACGAUGCUCUGGUUAUAUGGCUACGCGUGAAAUGGCAUAUGCGGUUCAUCAGUCGUGGGUCGAAGUGCAUUUGCCUUCACCAGAUCCGUGAAUUUCUUUACAUGAGUGUUUAUUACCUGUAACAUUGUUCCUACUGGCCUCGUCUGGUCUAAUGGAGCCAGGCUUCGCAGACAGACAGUGUGCAAGUACUGGGACAUAUAGUGCUCUAUAGAUGUGUAAAGAAAGGUAUCACGCAUGCCACUUAUGCCAGGGAUGAGUGUGUUCAUUGCAUUUUGCUUGACAAUACCAUGACUGUGCUUGAUGUGUAAUUUUUUGUAAUCUUGACUUCAAAUCUUGAAAUUACCGGUUGGCACCCUAAUCACGUGAGAAGUGGUCUUGUUUACAGUAACUUACGAUUCAUUGUUCACAGCGUAGUGUUACCUUGUGACCCUGAUAGGCACUGUUGUACAGCUGCGAAUGAUGCAGCACUCUAAAGAAUUAAACAUUUUUAAUCCCUUGUGAAACUUGAUCAACAGGUGAGCAAUUUUACUCUUAUCAGCAUGUAACGUGCUAGAGUGGAACUUUUCACCUGCACUCUCCAAGCUGCAGUUUUUCCAUAUGGCAUACUAUGUAGGAGAGCUGCAUUAAACCAGCAGUCUCACCCUGGCAAGAACGUGUGCACGCCGAGUUGUUCGGUACUAAGUGUUGUGUCAGGACUUUGAUUCCUGGCUUGCUACAACUCUUCUCUACUGGCAUCCGUGUUUUGCUGUAAACCGUGAUGAUUUUACUGUUAUCAUCAACCCAAAAGUUCAGACUGUUUUACUCACCUGUGCAUGCUGCCCCCCCCCCCCCCCCUAUUGUCUACGUAAUCCUGCAGUGGUGCUGCACUUUGCCUUUUAAGCUUCUGCCCCCCCCCCUCUCCAUCUUACACUGUGCUGUCCACUUUUUUAAAAUGAGGCUGGGACACUCUUCUUCUAGUCUUAAGUCAUUUUUCCAGUCAAGCAGAAGAAAGGUCCCCCUGCCACCCCAGGUGCCAAAGUGUCCAAGGAGUUGGCUUUGCUUUGAAAACAGCACCUGUAACAGCAGCAGUAAUCAGUCCUUUUUGGUAGAUAUAUUAGUUGCCAAUGCACACCGAGUUCUGUUGCAAGAGCCGUUGCUGUCCAAAGCUGUGCAUGCGUGCGCACUCUCUCAAGCUUUUGAAAUGUGCGAUGCCGUGGGCAGGACAUGUAAGCACCAGUGUCGCGAGCAGUCUUGUGUGCCGUGUGGCUUGUGAGAUUUCUUUGUUUGCUCGGGUCUCAGCCAAGGGACAAACCAUCGUUUGAUCUCGUAGUGGUCCGAGUCGCAGUUGCCAAGGUAACUUCACGAGCCAUCCCGCGUGUUAUUGAAAGGGAGCCAUGCUCCCUAGUUGCAGCUUGUGUUAGAUGCCGCAGUGUGUGUGCAUGUAUGUGCGUGUGUGCGUCGAGCAUCAUUGUUGGGUUUGUAUCUUGCGUUGGUGGCUCGGCAUGCUGAUAUCAGGAAUGCAGAAACAUUUCUUUUAAGUCGUGUCGAAAGGACCUUGACAACUUUUUUUUUUUUUUUUUUAAUCUUAUUCCUGCAUCUGCACAGGGCAGGCAUCCUUGUUUAACCCUGGGUUGAGUGAAUAAAUAGAAAUGCUGGUUGCGACUGCAA